AUUCCAUCCACUUUAUCACACGAUGGCUUCACUUCCCAUCUUCUCCCAAGACCUCUAAUAAUGAAAUAGCCGGAACACAUCGAGACCCUGUUCAUGAAAUCCAAUGAAGAGCUCGAGUUAGAGUGUACGAGCUGGAGAUUUUCUGUGGAAACCAACAAUUUGAGUCCCUGGAAGACUAUACCCAAGGAAUGCGGAAGCUAUGUUAAAGAUUACAUGAUGGGUCGAGGCUAUAUAGUGGAUCUCGAAAGGGUUUCGAGUGAGGCUGAGAUUUAUGCAAUGAGCUUGAAGCUGAGUAGAGACGGGAAAGACGUUUGGAUUUUUUAUGUUGAUGACACUUUGUUGUCCAACCUUCCAUACUACGUUGAGCAUUGUUAUGGCUUGGAGAUUUUCUAUCCUGUUGAGUUCGAUAAGUGGGUUCAUAGGGCGAUGGCACCGGCAAUAGAGCCUAGCCUGAAACUUUAUGAAAAGGUUUUAAAUUUGGGCUUUAAAGUUUUCUUUCUGACAGGGAGAAGUGAAAAGCAAAGAUCUAUUACUAUCGAGAAUUUGACCGAGGCAGGGUUUCGGAGCUGGGACAAGCUUAUUCUAAGAGACCCCGAAGACAAUGUCAAGCCAGCGACAGUAUUCAAGUCGGAGAAGAGGAGUAAGAUGGUAGACGAGGGAUAUAGGAUUCUGGGGAACUCCGGUGAUCAAUGGAGCGAUUUAUCGGGCUUCUCCCCAUCCAGUCGUUCAUUCAAGUUACCGAAUCCUAUGUAUUACGUUCCCUAAUAGACCACUUUGU